AUGCAAGAGGUACUGGAACUCUUUGCUCUCACUGAAGCCAUUUCUGAACCUGAUGAUGCAUCACCUGCCAAAGAGCAAAUGUUCCUUGUAAUUUCGCAAGAAUCUAUUUCUGGAGUUGUUGGUCCUCGCACCAUGCAGUUUGCUUGCCUUAUUCAGGAUAUGCCUAUAAUAGUUCUUGUUGAUUCAGGCAGUACUACAUCAUUUCUUAGUACUCAUGUUGCUGAUAAGCUGCAGUCUGUUACUUUGAGCCCAGCCAGUUAUAAAGUACAGGUCGCAAAUGGUGAUAUCUUACAGUGUUCUGCUAUUGCUGAAAAUUGUUGUUGGUCUAUGGCUGCUCAUUCUUUCACUCAUUCUCCAAAACUCAUGCCAUUAAGCUCUUAUGAUAUUGUUGUUGGAAUGGAUUGGCUCAAGAAAUUCAGUCCAAUGAGGGUGGAUUGGAGGAACAAAUGGAUGCAAAUUCCUAUGGGGGCUUCCACUGUUGUGUUGCAUGGUUCUCCUGAAUUUCAGUCUUCUGACAUGGUUUUUCAGCUAUUAUCAGUUCAGUUGGGGACUCAACCUACUUCUGAGGCAUCCCAGUUAUCAGCUGAUAUAGUACAACUCCUGCAGGACUUCCAAUCACUCACUGAAUGGCUGGAAGACAAAAUGGUCAUGCAAAACUUGAUCAAGCAGCAUCUUCUACGUGCUCAGCGCCGUAUGAAAGAACAAGCCGACAAAAAGAGAUCGGAGAGAACUUUUCAGACUGGUGAUUGGGUAUAUCUCAAGCUGCAGUCGUAUGUCCAAUCCUCUUUGGCCCCUCGUGCAAAUCAAAAGUUGUCUUUCAAGUUCUUUGGCCCUUUCCAGAUUGCAGCUCGAGUUGGUUCAGUGGCAUACCGGCUCAUUCUUCCGCCAACUUCCCAGAUUCAUCCAGUUUUCCAUGUGUCACAAUUGAAGCAAGCAUUACCUGUUAAGCAUCAAGUGGCUGAACUUCCAUCUUCGCUGACUGGGCUUCAGGUUCCUGAACAGGUCCUUCAGCGCCGUGUUUCUUCCAGAGACUCUUCUGCUGUGGUUUUGCAGGGCCUCAUCAAAUGGUCUGGACUUCCUCCAUCCUUAGCUACAUGGGAAGAUCUUGAGCCUCUCAAGCAACGGUUCCCAAAAGCUCCUGCUUGGGGUCAAGCAGGUCCUAAAGGGAGGGGGAGUGUCACGGCAGCGCCUACUGCACCUGCACUGCCUGAAGCCGGCCCGUCAGCGGUACCCCGUACGGCAACAGCACAGAGGAAGAGUGAACGUGCCAAGUUUCCAAGACAUGCUCAGUGUGGACAUGGUGAGCGUGUUUUGCAGAUUUUUUAUGAGAUGCAAUUCUCAGGGCUCAGGCCUGAUUGUGUGACAGUUGCUAGUCUUCUUGCAGCCUGUGCCUCUGUGGGAGAUCUUCAAAAAGGGAAGCAGCUCCAUUCAUAUUCACUGAAAGCAGGUAUGUCUUUUGAUUACAUAACAGAAGGCUCACUCCUCGAUCUGUAUGUGAAAUGUGGUGACAUUGAAACAGCACAUGAUAUCUUCAAUUUGGGUGAUGGGACAAACGUGGUACUAUGGAAUUUAAUGCUUGUGGCAUAUGGGCAGAUUAGUGAUCUAGCAAAAUCCUUUGAAAUCUUUUGUCAGAUGCAAGCUACAGGUAUACACCCCAACCAAUUCACUUACCCGUGCAUUUUGAGGACGUGCACUUGCAGCAGGCAAAUUGAACUUGGAGAGCAGAUUCAUUCAUUAAGCAUAAAAAAUAGAUUCGAAUCUGAUAUGUAUGUUAGUGGUGUCUUGAUUGAUAUGUAUUCUAAAUACGGCUGUCUCGAUAAAGCUCGAAAUUUUUUUGAAACGCUUGAUAAAAAAGAUGUGGUUUCUUGGACCUCAAUGGUUGCUGGAUAUGUUCAGCAUGGCUUUUGUGAAGAGGCUCUUGCAACAUUCAAAGAAAUGCAGGACUAUGGAGUUUGGCCAGAUAACAUAGGACUGGCUAGCGCUGCAAGUGCUUGUGCUGGAAUCAAAGCAAUGCGCCAGGGCCUGCAGAUUCAUGCUCGGGUUUAUGUCUCUGGUUAUGCAGCUGAUAUUUCAAUUUGGAACACGUUGAUGGGUCAAGCAGGUGCCAAGUACAAUGUGUUCACAUUUGUUUCCUCUAUUAGCGCUUUAGCUAACCUUGCAGAUAUAAAACAAGGAAAACAAGUACAUGGUAGAGCUGUUAAGACAGGACACACCUCUGAAACUGAAGUUGCCAAUGCUUUGAUUUCACUAUAUGGAAAGUGUGGCAGUAUUGAAGAUGCCAAGAUGAUCUUUUCUGAAAUGUCAGUGAGGAAUGAGGUUUCAUGGAAUACUAUCAUAACAAGUUGUUCACAGCAUGGACAUGGACUAGAAGCUUUGGAUUUAUUUGGUCAGAUGAAGCAAGAAGGUCUGAAACCAAAUGAUGUCACCUUCAUAGGUGUGUUAGCUGCUUGCAGUCAUGUGGGUUUGGUUGAGGAAGGCCUUAGUUACUUCAAAUCCAUUUCUAAUGUAUAUGGACUUAAUCCAAUACCUGACCAUUAUGCUUGUGUUGUGGAUAUUCUUGGACGAGCAGGUCAACUUGAUCGUGCAAAGAGAUUUGUUGAUGAAAUGCCUAUCACUGCUGAUGCAAUGGUUUGGCGAACACUUCUCAGUGCCUGUAAAGUACACAAGAACAUAGAAAUUGGGGAGAUUGCAGCCAAACAUCUCCUGGAGUUAGAGCCCCAUGAUUCGGCAUCGUAUGUCCUCCUAUCAAAUGCAUAUGCUGUUACUGGGAAGUGGGCCAACAGGGAUAAGAUAUACAAGUUUUUGUCUGAGCUAAAUGAUAGGUUAGCCAAAAUAGGAUACAAGAAAGAGAACCCUAAUCUGUUUCAUGAAAAAGAGCAAGAGCAGAAAGACCCUACUGCUUUUGUCCAUAGUGAGAAGUUAGCUGUGGCUUUUGGGUUAAUGACUUUGCCUCCUUGUAUUCCUCUUCGGGUGAUUAAGAACCUUAGUGUCUGUGAUGACUGCCACAGUUGA